GGUGCUUUCGACACUCUAUAUCUGUCAUCCACUUCUUCGGAUGCGGUAGGCAGCGCUUGUAAGCUAGCUCCAAGAUUCCCGUCAUGCCACUUGUAUGAACCACACCUACUCACAGUCCCCAGUCAAGACCCUGGGUGUCCAGCUUAGCCCUGCAGCCCUGCCUGCCCUGGCAUACUACUCCAACAUCCUCAGCAUCGUAACUGCGGUACCCGCAAUCGCCUCGGGCAUCGUGCAACUCGCGCCAGUCAUCCAACGCGAUGGAUUCAGCUCCAAGAAGGCACAGACGGGUGUGAUGCACGCUCUCAUCAGCGAUUUGACCGUGUUCGCCGCAGUGUACAAUUGGUGGUCCAGGCGGGAUACCGCUGGCUUCUUGCCCAGUACAACCAACGCCGUCGUCAGCGCGGCUGUGGUACCCACAGUCUUCUUUGCGGCCUUCUUGGGUGGCCAACUCACAUACCAGUUCGGAAUGGGAAUUGGAGGCGGCAGCUCCAGCACGAAGAAGAAACAGUAG